AUGCCUCCAUACAACUGGAUUACUGGUCACCUGCUUGCCAUCAAGCCGUUUCUGAUGCGGCAGCCACCCGACGCCCUUUUUAACUAUGCCUUGACUGAGAUGGCGUGGUCGAUAAACAGCGAUGCAUUUUACCUGGAUUUCUGGCCCAUCGCGGGCCCAAUGCUAGUCCUGAAAAGCCCAAGUAUGGCGAUGCAAAUGAUGCAGCAAAACAACCCUGGCAAACCAGACUUCGUCGCCAACACGUUCACCGAGCUUGCCGGGGGGCCGAAUUUGAUCAGCAUGGAAGAAGGGAUGUGGAAAAAGUGGAGAGCCAUGUUCAAUCCAAUCUUGAGCACCUCUGCCAUUCUUCAGCAAGCUCCUAGGAUCGUGGUCGAGUGCGAGAAAUUAUGCCAAAAGCUCCGCCGCCGCGCUCAUGAAGGCUUGGUGUUCCAAUUAGAGCAGGAUACGCUUCCCCUAACGUUGGAAGUCAUCUCAGUUAUAUCUUUAGACAAAACCUUCAACUAUCAACUGGCAGACUCAGGUAUACCUCGGCAUCUCAGAUCAAUGAUCAACUGGGGAACCUUUGGGAGCAGUUUGAAUCCAUUCAAGCGCUGGAACCCCAUCCGACCCCUUCUCGUGGCAUAUCAUGGCCGUAAGCUCAGCAAGUACAUUGGCGCGGUGCUCGAAGACGACCUUGCUGAACGGCGCGUCCGACACGAUCUUUCCAAAGAGUCCAAGUUAAAGAAGACUAAGAGCAUGGCUGAACUUUUGGUCGAUGCGUACUUGACCGAGUAUGGCGAUAAGCCUGGACCAAUGGAACCGUAUUUCAAGUACUUGGCCUGCGCGCAACUACGACUCUUCCUCAUCGGCGGACACGACACAACUUCCAGCACUCUUGUUUACGCAUACCAUCUUUUGUAUGGAAAUCCGACGACGCUUGCUCUUGUGCGAACUGAGCAUGACGAGGUCCUGGGCAAAGACAUAUCGCUGGCAGGCGCUCGUAUCACGGCUAAUCCAACCUUGCUGAAUAAGUUGCCUUAUACGAAUGCAUGCAUCAAAGAGUCCAUGCGCAUGUUCCCCCCAGCAUCCGCCAUGAGGGCUGGAACGCCUGAUAUUGUGCUGAAGGACCGUGAUGGCAAAUUGUACCCAACGGCAGGGUGGAAUGUGUGGUCGCUACACCUAGCAAUGCAUCGUAGCUCUGAGCUGUUCAAGGAGCCAGAUAGCUUCCGACCGGAACGCUGGCUCGUCGGGCCCGACCAUCCACUGCACCCACCUAAGGGAGCGUACCGGCCGUUUGAAUUUGGUGCACGAAGCUGUCCCGGGCAGGCGCUGUCGAUUCUGGAGGUAACGGUGACUUUAGCCAUGACAAUAAGGGAGUUUGAUAUCCAUGACGCAUACUCCGAGUGGGAUACUACGCGCCCAAAAAGGGGUAUCAGCGUGGCAUUCGGAGACCGGCCUUAUGCCGUAGAGGGAGGAGGGGGAGGGUCGCACCCCGUGGAUUUGUAUCCUUGUAGGAUUUCGAUUGCACAAGAUGUUGCUAGCGGAGGAGAUAACAUGAUUGUGGAGUCCUGCGAUUCCCAGCCUCUAUCCACAGCGGCGUCCCCGGAAAUGGGAACUUAG